CUGGUAUAGAUCAAAGGUCAGGUGGACCAUAGUGGGGAUUGCACGCCCACCAUUAGUAACUCCUUGGCACUGGCAGAAGUUUUGAUCAAGCUGAUAUUUGUGUUUUCCCUUCGUCUAAGGUCUACGCAACCUAUAUGAACAUGUUAGAUGGAAAAUAAAAAUCAACGGUGGAUGUCCUUAUCACGACUGCUUCCAAUGGAGUGCAUAGAGCCCUUGCUUGGACCGGGUCCAUCCAAGUGGGCGCAAUCCGCUUCUGCUCGCAUACUUUUCUCGCAGUACUGAGGAAAUCACAUGUGGAUUAUGAGACUCGGUCUUGACAUUGGCAGGAGCUCUGUGGGGUCCACCGUGAUGUACGUAUUAUAUCCAUGCCGUCCAUCCUAUAUGAAAGAUCAUUUUAUAGCAUGAGCCCCAAAACGAAGCAAAUCCAAAGCUCAAGUGGACCACACCACAAGAACCAAUGGUGAUAAUGAUUCCACCGUUUAAACGUUCUUGGGACCCACCGUGAUGUUCUUUUGCCAUCCAACCUGUUGAUAAGGUCACAUAGACCUAGACGUAUGGAAACACAAACAUCAGCUUGAUCAAAACUUCUGCAGCUCCCAAGAAGUUUUUAACGGUGAGCAUUUAAUCCCCACUGUGUGGUCCACUUAAUCCUUGGAUCUUGAUCAUUUUUGGACUCAAUAACCUAAAAUGAUAUUGAAAAAUGGAUGGACAGAAUGGAUAAAACCCAUACAUCACGGUGGGCCGCACUGCUGGGAUCGGCAGGUGCAGUACGGAAUCCGCGUCGAAGGAACCCCGAGACCCUUAAAAUCAGAUGUGAAGCCAUGAGAGAAGUCCACCGGCAGCAAGGGAAAAAAAAAACAGUGCAUCAGGAAUCGUAUCAUUCACUACCGAUACGAGAUACAAUGGCCGCAUCAUUCAUGGACGAUACGUAUGAAAUAGAAGUGGAAGCGAACACGUCAACCAACGCCUCCCCAAGACGGAGAAUCCUACCCCCAGGUAGGCAAGCACUCGCCAAUUCCAUGAUGAAAUCGAUCAACGCAUCCGUUUCCAAGCUCAGACAUGAAGAUCCGCCCACAAUCUACAUAGUCCCACGAAAAAUCCGUCAAAUAAAGAACGAUGCAUACGAGCCUGAUAUCGUAUCGAUCGGACCAUACCAUCACGGCAAGAAGAACCUACAAAGAAUGGAAGAACACAAAUGGCGGUACCUACAUUCAAUCCUCUCCCGCAAUCCCAACCAUCGGUUGGAAGACUACCUCGAGGCUAUCGAGGAAUUAGAGGAUAAAGCACGAAGUUGCUACUCUGACAAUGUGGGCCCGCAGAUGGGCAACGAGUUUGUGAAAAUGAUGGUGCUUGAUGGUUGCUUCAUUGUCGAGCUCUUUCUCAAGCUGAAAGAAGAAAAGGAAGACCCGAUAUUUAGUACGAUUUGGAUGCUGUCUCUUAUCGGGUAUGAUAUGCUCUUACUCGAAAAUCAAAUUCCUUUCUUCGUUCUACAGCGUAUUUUCAAAAUGGCUUGUACGGUGGACGAACUGUUCCUUUAUUCACUUCCUGAGCUUGCCCUUGAUUUCUUCAAAGACUUCUUGUAUAGGAAUAAGGAAAUCCCUAUCAUGGAUUCCUACCAUCAUCUGCUUCAUUUGUUACAGACGCAUGUGAUACCUACCGGGGAGUCCUACCUUCCGUGCAAUCAUAAAGUAGAAUCCAUCCCCAACAAGUGGAGGAAUCCAGUCAAGUACUUGCGCUCGAAAGGGGUGAAGUUGAAGAAGAAAGAGAAGUGGAGUAGCAUCUUGGAUGUGGAAUUUAAAAACGGGGUGUUGGAAAUCCCGCCCUUACAAAUAGAUGGUUCCACCAAUACUCUUUUUCGAAACCUUGUAGCGUUUGAACAAUGCUAUUCAGAGGCUACAAUCUGCUUCACGACUUACGUUUCCUUCAUGGAUUGUAUUAUCAACACGUCCAAGGAUGUGGCGUUGCUUUAUCGGAAUGGGAUCAUGGAUAAUAUGUUGGGAAGCGAUCAGGAGGUGGCCCACCUAUUCAACCAGCUCUGCAUUGGGACAUUCGAUUACCCGAUUAAUUACCUAUCGGGUCUAUAUUGUGAUGUGCAAAAACAUUGCAACACCAAAUGGAACUUGCAGUGGGCGAGCUUGAGGCGCAAUUAUUUCACCAAUCCGUGGGCCAGCCUUUCUUCAAUAGCGGCCGUGAUCCUCAUCCUGGUCACUAUCGCCCAAACGUUCUACACCGUCUAUACCUAUCACCGACCUUCGUCCUAGUUCUUGAUCAUCAUGUUUUAAUGGUUUAUAUGAUUUUGAUUUUUUUUCAUUUGAGCUCCGCUACUUGUGUGUAUGAAAAACGUUACUGUAGAAAAUGAAUCUUGG